CGCACCUUUCAGACAAAUAGCUGGAAUUCUGGCCUAUCUUGGAUCUGGGGCAUUAGCGCAAAGGACAUAGCGAGCCUUGCACAUGUCCCUCCUCCAUGUUCCAAAUUGCUGUGACGCUGCUCAGUGGGCAGACAACAAGUGUCGGCGUGCAAGGGGAGACACGAAUGGACUAUAUCAAGCGCGAGGCGCAGAGGAACUUGAAGAUUGGACUAUAUGCGUUGGUAGACUCUUCUGGCACGCUUCUGAAACCUUGGAAUCGAGUCAAGAAGGUAGGUCUACAAGAGGGCUCAUCGGUGACCGCCGUAGUGCGCACCGCGCAGCUCAUUGGAGACCGCGGAGCACGAGGCUUUGCGGUGCUACGUGCAGACGGUGGUGUGGUCAGCUGGGGCCACCCGAGCUUCGGUGGAGACUGCCUACGCGCUCAGCCUCAAUUGAAAGACGUGGCAAAGGUUUUUGCCAACUGCGGUGCUUUCGCAGCCAUUCGGUGCGACGGCACAGUGGUGACAUGGGGGAACCCCAAUUGUGGAGGAAAUUGUCGAAAAGUCCAAGCGCAACUCCAAGAUGUGAAGGACAUUUGUCCUGGAAAUGUGCCACCGUAUCGGGCCAUCAUCGAGGGGGCCUUCGCAGCCAUCCGCAAUGAUGGUCAUGUGGUAACUUGGGGGAGUCCUGGUUGUGGCGGCGACAGCAGCAUGGUACAGGAGGAGUUGCACAGCAUCAUUGAGGUCCGUGCAACCUGUGGUGCAUUUGCAGCUCUGAGGGCUGAUGGGAAGGUCAUCGCCUGGGGAGAGGACUCAGAAGCUACAGAUCUCAAAGCUGUAGAAGGUGAAUUAUGUUCAGUGGAACGGCUCUUUUCCAACUUGCGCUCCUUCGCUGCCAUUCGAACUGACAGACGUGUGGUGACCUGGGGCUGCGACAUUGCAGGGGGCAACAGCAGUGAAGUGCAAGAGGAGUUGCAUGAUGUCUAUGACAUUGCAGCGGUGGAUCUGGCAUUCGCAGCCAUCAAGACAGAUGGUUCGGUGGUCACUUGGGGGAAUCGCAAGCUUGGCAGCAACAAUGCAGCAGUAAGGUCGGAACUCUACGACGUUCAGCAGGUAUGUGGCACUGCUAGCUCUUUCGCAGCUUUGCGGGCUGAUGGUAGGGUUGUGACUUGGGGUCAGCCUGGAGCUGGUGGUGAUAGCAGUUGUGUCCAGGACACUGAAUCUCUGAACGCUACUCAACUCCUUCUGUAAACAUUCUUGCGCAGGGUUUUCAAUAGUGAACGGCUCUGUGUGGCAAGAACUGCCAAUGUGAGUUUGCCAGAGGUGUCCAUUGGAGUGGGCUGUCUAACUUGAACCUUGCCGCUUCCCAACUGAAGGACCAGCUUCAUGAGAUUUGUCAAGUCGUUGCGGCAGAAAGCGCAUUUGCAGCUCUCCGGUCUGACGGGAAGGUCAUCACAUGGGGAAGGAUGGACAUUGGCGGUGACAGUAGCACGGUUCAACCUGAACUCAGAGAUGUGGUCACAAUUUGCAGCUCAAGACAUGCUUUUUCUGCUAUCAGAGCUGAUGGCCGAGUCAUAUCUUGGGGGCGAGCCGAUCAGGGGGGUGAUAAUUCCAAGCUUGGCGCGGUGGAUGUCUUUGCAAUCAGGGAGCGCAGCCUAUAGCUUUCCUUCAGCUUGCCAAAGAUUGCUAGCUGCUAGAUAGAAACCUUCAGUCUUGGAUUGUUUAAGUGGCCUGGGAACAACAAGGAUGACCAGUUGCUGCUGCACAGCAUUCGCGUCGGCAUGCUUUUGCUGCUUCUGCUCCCUGCCAUCGAAUUCAGGGGCUUUGAUCGCCC